AUGGAUCAAGAUCCGGAUCAAGGGCACCAUCGUGCCUCCUCGACAUCGAGAGCGAAUGGCCAUGCCCCCCUAUACCGUCUCAACUCCAACCAGAGCAGCACGAGCAUAUUUGAGGAGGUUGAAAUGGCCCACGAUGAGCUCUUCUCCGGACCAAUGGCCGAGAGUCUCCCGACCAGCGUUUCUGCUUUCUCGCACCGCAGACCACGCGCCGAUUCUACCACGAGCUUUGCUUACUACCAAGACGAAGAUGAUUUGGAGCCCUCCCCCACAUUCGAUGAAGAACGCCGAAGCAUGUCCGACGUCGGUGAUUUUACCUUCGGCGAGGAUGACGAGAGCAAUCUUGAUAUAGAAAGUGGCGAUGCAGGUGAUGAUGACUACAUGGCCCAUCGCCGAAGGUCAUCGACACAUUCGCGGUCCUCCGUUCAUGCUAGGCUGUUGCGCCGAGACAGUGCGACCACAAGCAAGAGCUUGGGUGGAGACGGUCGAAUCAGUCAAAAGGUCUACAUGGUCAACGAGGACCUCACGAUCGUCAUCGCAGGCUUUCGGACUAGUCGUUUGGGCUUUGUCGCUUAUGGUCUCCUCUGCAACCAAUGGGGUGAGUUCGCUCUUAUGGACGUGGAUAAGAAACUCUACGGGAGACCAAUGUCAACAAUUUUCGGCUCUAGCGAGAAGGGCUAUAUGAUGGACGAUGAUUACGAUCCCAUCAUUACCGAGCUUCGCAUGCUCAACUACCGCUAUGUUCGCCUAUAUUUCAAUCAGCAAACAGACAAGUUCAUCAUGUUCAACGGAUGGGUCGACCCCAAUUGGACCGACCCUCGAGCUGUCAGGGUUGGCAUAGAUAGCGACGAAAAAGGACUCCGGGAGGUUGUAUUCGGUAACAACCUCAUCGACAUCGAGCAGAAGUCCAUACCACGCCUUCUUGUGGACGAGAUAGCCAGCUUGAUUCUUUGGUCACUGGACGAGUACUACUACUACGCUGUCGCCAUAUUCUUGAUGUCAUUUGGUAGUAUCACGACAACUCUCAUCGAGACCCGGGCGACUGACGAUCCACGAGGGCGCUUCGUGCCUUCAAGCGAACUUGUGCCCGGUGAUGUCUAUGAGGUCAGCGAUCCGAACCUGACCCAGUUUCCCAGUGACGGCUUGUUGUUGAGCGGUGACUGCAUUGUCAAUGAGAGCAUGCUUACCGGCGAGUCUGUCCCUGUGUCGAAAACGCCUGCCACGGAUGACACUAUGCAUAAGUUGGAUUUGGCUGCGCCGACAGUCUCGCCAGAGAUCGCGAAACACUUUUUAUUCUGCGGGACCAAGAUUGUCCGCGCUCGUCGACCACAAGAGGAUCGAGAUGGCGACGCUGUGGCCCUUGCCCUGGUUGUCAGAACAGGAUUCAGUACCACGAAGGGCUCUCUGGUCCGAUCCAUGCUAUUCCCCAAACCAUCAGGCUUCAAGUUCUAUCGGGAUUCCUUCCGGUAUAUAAGCGUUAUGGCUGUGGUGGCUAUGCUCGGCUUUAUUGCAUCGCUUGUCAACUUCCUGCGGUUGCAGUUGGCUUGGCAUCUAAUCAUCGUGCGCGCCCUUGAUUUGAUAACGAUCGUGGUGCCCCCUGCUUUGCCGGCCACUCUUACAAUUGGCACCAAUUUUGCACUUAACAGACUCAAGAAGAAACAGAUAUUCUGUAUCAGUCCGCAGCGAGUCAAUGUGGGGGGGAAGUUGGAUAUCAUGUGUUUCGACAAAACCGGAACCUUGACAGAAGACGGGCUGGACAUUCUCGGUGUGCGUGUUGCAUCGCCUGCGACCGGCAAGUUUACAGACGUGUUAUCGGACCCAUCGACUCUUGUGCCAAGUCGCAACCACCGAAGUAGAGAUGCUGCCCAAGAUUCGAAGCUUAAGGCCGCUCUUUUCACAAUGGCGACCUGUCACUCUCUAAGGGUCGUAGAUGACGAAUUGGUUGGGGAUCCACUUGAUCUGAAGAUGUUCGAAUUUACUCGGUGGUCUUUUGAAGAGGGCAAGCAAAGCCUGAACGAAGCGGACGAUCAGGACCAGGGAAGCCUCGCACCAUCUGUCGCUAGACCGCCUGAGGAGUACUCUGAUACUCUACGAGAUCAAAACGGAAAUAACCACUCGCUUCGAAGAGCGAGCGUGAUUGUCAGGCAGUUCGGAAAGCCAAGUGGAGACAUCUACGUCAAAGGCGCCCCUGAGUGCAUGCGGGAGAUUUGCCGAGAGGAUAGCUUUCCUGUCGACUACGACGAACAACUUGCAAACUACACGCAUAAGGGAUAUCGUGUCAUCGGGUGUGCAACCCGCCACAUCCCCAAAAUGAGUUGGGUCAAGGCACAGAAAAUGAAGAGACACGAGGCAGAGUCAGACUUGGAGUUUACCGGCUUCAUCAUUUUCGAAAACAAGCUGAAACCGACCACUGCGUCGGUGUUGACGGAACUUUUCGACUCCAACAUCAGCGCAACAAUGGUGACUGGUGACAACAUCCUUACCGCCAUCAGCGUUGCCCGUGAGUGCAACUUGGUCAACAAAACUGCUCACUGCUUCGUCCCGAGAUUCAUUGAGGGUGAGUAA